CGCGGGACGGGACAGGCGGGACGGGAGCGCGGGACGGGAGCGGGGGGGGCUCGGGAGAAGGCAGGGGCGCGGGCAGGGGACCCGCAGGCAGGGACCCGCGGGCAGGGCAGGCAACCACCCUGGCAAUGGUCCCUGUCCCCCCGCAGCCCCCUGCCGCCCUGUCCCCCUGCCCCCGGGGCCACCCCUGAGCCCCCCCAGCCAGACCCCUUGGCCAUGGGGGGUCCCGGGGGGGGUCACUCGGCUCAGGCCGCCGCUGCCAUCGCCACCGCCACCACCCUGCUGGUGCUGGUGACAGUGGCCGGCAACGCGCUGGUGGUGGUGGCCGUGCUGCGCAGCCCGGCCCUGCGCGCGCCCCAGAACCUCUUCCUGGUGUCGCUGGCGGCCGCCGACAUCCUGGUGGCCGCUCUCAUCAUCCCCUUCUCCUUGGCCAACGAGCUGUUGGGCUACUGGUACUUCGAGAAGACGUGGUGUGAGAUCUACCUGGCUUUGGACGUCCUGUUCUGCACCUCCUCCAUCGUCCACCUCUGCGCCAUCAGCCUGGACCGCUACUGGUCGGUCAGCGCCGUCGGGUACAACGCCAAGAGGACCCCGCGGCGCGUCAAGCGCGGCAUCGGCACCGUCUGGGCCAUCGCCGCCGCCAUCUCCCUCCCGCCCCUGGUCUACAAGGGGAGGGAGAAGAAGGAGGAGGAGGUGGUGCUGGUGGGGACGCGGCUGCAGUGCAAGCUCAACGAGGAGGCCUGGUACGUCCUCUCCUCCAGCAUCGGCUCCUUCUUCGCCCCGUGUCUCAUCAUGGUCCUUGUCUACCUGCGCAUCUACUUCAUCGCCAAACGGCGGCACCGCUCCCGCCCUGCGGGCACCAAACCGCCUGGAGACAGGUCACCAAACAUCACCAAACCGCCUGGAGACACAUCCCCAAACAUCACCAAACCGCCUGGAGACACGUCCCCAAACAUCACCAGCAGGGAACCCCCCAGGACCUGCCUGCCAGUGGACAGGACCUCGCUGCUGAGCCCUGAGGAUCCCCCAGGGUCCCCCAACCCCAUGGUGGGGACAUGCCCACAGGCUGGGGGACACCCAAGGGACAGCAGGGGACACCCCAGGGACAACAGGAACCACUCCAGAGACACUGAAGGACGCCCCAGGGACACUUUGGCCACCAAGCUGGGGCAGGUGAUGUUGGCACGUGGGCCACCAGUGUUGAACCCUUGGAGGAGGAAGACGCAGGUGAAGCGGGAGCAGAGGUUCACCUUGGUCCUGGCCGUGGUCAUCGGUGUCUUCAUCCUCUGUUGGUUCCCCUUCUUCUUCCUCUACAGCCUGGGCGCCCUCUGUCCCCGUCACUGCAAGGUCCCCGAGGGUGUCUUCCAGGUCUUCUUCUGGAUUGGGUACUGUAACAGUUCCCUCAACCCCAUCAUCUACACCAUCUUCAACCGCGACUUCCGCAGGGCCUUCCGCCACCUGCUCUGCCCCCGCGCCCCCGCGCCCUGCUGAGGCCUCUGGGUGCUCCUUUGGCCUCCUCCUCAUCACUCCCACCCACCAUCCUCCUCUUUGUUUUCAUCCUCAUCCUCCUCCUCACCACCACCACCACCAUCCUCCUCCUCGUUCUCAUCCUCCUCCAGCUCCUCCUCACCACCCUCAGCACCACCCUAUCAUCUUCAUCAUCCUCCCCACCAUCAUCACAACCUUCCUCCUCCUGGGGCAUCCCUUGGGCUGGGGAAGGGGCUCUGAAGCCCCCCCAAAUGACACUGCCCCCCAGGGGGGGCUACGGGGACCUGUGUCCCCAAGCCUGGUGGCACCUCAGCAGGACCAUCCCCCGCCCCCGGCAGCCUCACGGCCCCUGGACAAUAAAAGAUAUUUUGUAAUAAGA